AUGGCUGCUCUUGCCAACCACCCCGACAAAGUUCCCGAAGAUGAGCGCCCGAGCGCUGAGAUCAAAUUCAAGGCUGUGCAAGAGGCGUACGAAAUCCUCUACGAUGACGACAAACGCCAUAUUUACGAUACACACGGCAUGUCUGCCUUUAACGGCUCCGGUGAGCCGGGCAUGGGAGGCAUGGGUGGUCCUGACCUCGACGAUCUGCUGGCUCAAAUGUUUGGUGGCAUGGGUGGCAUGGGUGGUCCAGGAGGAAUGCCCGGCUUCAUGCCUGGCGGUAUGCCUGGGGGCCCAGGAGGACGACCCAGAAAAAGCCGGAACGAGGAGCAGGACUACGAGGUGAGCUUGGAGGAUAUGUACAAGGGCAAGACAGUGAAGUUCGCCAGUACAAAGAACGUUAUUUGCAGUCUGUGCAAGGGCAAGGGCGGCAAGGAGAAGGCGACAGCCAAGAAAUGCUCUACUUGUGAGGGUGCUGGAGUAAAGGAGGUUCUGCAGCCCAUGGGCCAGUUCCUCACUCGCUCUACCCAAACCUGUACCACCUGCAAUGGACAGGGCAAGUUCUACAGCCCGAAGGAUAAGUGCAAGAAGUGCAAGGGCAACCGGACAACCGAGGAGAAGAAGAUGCUGGAGAUUUACAUUGCGCCUGGAGCAAGGGAGAAGGAACAGAUUGUCCUCGAAGGCGAGGCGGACCAAGUGCCAGACCAGGAGCCUGGCGACAUUAUCUUCCGCCUCGUUGAAGAAGAGCACCCAGUGUUUGAACGUGCUGGGGCAGAUCUGCGGGCACAGAUUGACGUCACCCUUGCCGAAGCUUUGACUGGGUUCUCACGCGUCGUAAUCAAGCAUCUCGACGGGCGAGGUAUUGAGAUCAAACACCCCGCCGGCAAGAUUCUCAGCCCGGGCCAAGUCCUUACUGUUCGGGGCGAGGUUCCCGACGGGCAAUGGAAGCCGAGCCAAGAAGUGCUCCAGAAGCUUCGUGAGGUCCUGCCUAAGCCCGACGCUCCUAUUGAGGGUAGCCCCGUGGACGAAGUCGAUUAUGACCCCCAUGGAAAUAUGGAAGAAUACGGGGCGAAAGAUGCCAACGGUGGAUCUGCUUGGCAGGAUGAUGACGAAGAUGAUGAUGAACCAGCGCAGUGCGCCACUCAAUAA